GGCAAAGAAAACAAGUCAAAAAUGGUAAAGAUCAAAUAAGAACUGCAGGAAGAAACACAAUUCCACCUGAAUGAUUCUGAAACCACAAACAGGGUGGGGCUUUGUGUGAAUUCUUCUCAAAAAGACGUCAUCAAAUAGUGUUUGCCAAACGGCAGACAGUUCAUAACCGCAAUCAUUGCUGCUCCCUCAUGUCUCCCAGCACAGCCCUGUAAAAACGGAGCUGUGUAAUGCAUCAGAGUGGUCGACUUACUGAAGAUAUCCACAAACGGCAGAUACUACUCAGACACACUAUGGACAGAAAAUGCCUGACCAUGAAAGAUUGUGCUAACAUCUCAUCCUGCAAUCCCGUGAAAGUGGUAUCAGAAAUGAGCCUGAAAUUGGAGGACCAGAAACCUUUUUACAUUGUUGAUUCUUCCUUAGAUGAAGAGGGCUGUGAAACACCGCCUUGCAACUUACAAGGCAAAUCACUUUCAGACGAGGUUACGCCUUGCGCUCCUGAUCCCAAGGACAGUGCAAAAGAUCUAAAGAAAGACUGGGUUCCCUCCCACCAGACCCUGGAAGUGCAAGUGGGGGAUACUGGUAGGAUCCAUGCUGGGGAUGACUCUUUUUCGGAGCGCAUUGAGGAUGCAUCUAUCCGCCGCCAGGCUCAUGAUGGGUGGUCCAUUAAGGUCCACGAGACAAACGGUGAGGCAGGGAAUGGGUCUUGCCCCGUCACUGAAGUUGUCACGGGGAGAGGGCUUGAAAAGGUGAUCAGCACCCAGUGUAAAAGUUCAGCGCAGAGCCAGGAGAGAGAAGAUGGGGCUGGCACUGAGAACACCAACUGCUCUAGUAGUUGUCGAAUCUGCUGCUGGGAUUUCGGCUAUGCCCUCCUCUCCUUGGCGCUGGUGGUCUUUUCACCUUUGGUGAUGAUUGGGUAUUGUUUGUAUGAAGGGUGCCGUUGGCUGUAUAAAUGUAAGGAGUGUUGUCCCACAUAAGCUGCAAUAUACUUCACCAUUCACUCCUCGGAGAAUCCCAAAGGUCGGCAAGUCUUGUUGACCAGGUCCGCGUGAGAUUAGAGUUCAGGGCUUAGAUAUACAGUGUGGAAACGUGCCCUUUGGCUCGACAAGUCCACGCACAAAGGCAGUCGUGGGAUUCGAAUCCACCGCCUCUGCAGAGACAAGACCCUUUAUUUAUAGGUAGACAAAAAUGCUGGAGAAACUCAGCGGGGGAGG